UGGCGUAAUUCGACGUCAUCUUAUGGCCGUUAUGGUACUUCCGGGUCGGCGCAGCCCCGAGGGAUACAGAAGAAGGCAACAAUGGCUGAUGUUUCCUUGUAUCUUACUAAUGUCGGUGUUUCUUUAGGACGCGGAAUGGAUACAGGACAGAUUCAGAACCCGAACCAGGGGCGGGACUUUGAGAGCGUGGAGCUGGGGGAGCUGGGGAAGAGAACGGAGCCGAGGGAGAAGGUUCCCCGUCGGAUCAUCCACUUCUCCAGCGGGGAGACCAUGGAGGAGUACAGCACCGAUGAGGAGGAGCCAGAGGACCCGGAGGAGGAGAAGAAGGACCUGCUGUCUCCUCCGGUGGAUGCGGUGAGGUCCAAGAUGACCUGGGGGCCUUACUUCUGGUUUCACAUGUGGAGAGCAGCCACAUCCACCAUCUCAGCAUGUGACUAUCUUGGGGAGAGGAUGGCAUCCCUGUUUGGAAUAACAUCUGCUAAGUACCAAUAUGCCAUUGAUGAAUACAACAGGAUAAAGAAGGAGAAAGAAGAAGAGAAGGAGGAGACUCGGCUGUCUGAAGAAGCAGAGAGGACCUUCAACCAGUUACAAUCUCAGGAAGGGAAAAACGAGCCACUCACAUCACCAGAAGGACAGGAGGGGGCGUCGGCCUGCCCUGAUGUAACCUAUCAGGUGGAGAAUGAGAAUCCUUUGGCUGGGAACACCAUCACCGUUCCGGCUAUCGUCACUGCAACCUAACUCUUCUGAAGGAAGGACUAUUUAAGUGUUUUUUUUUCCAUCUGUAAAGGAAAGAAAAAGAUUUAGUUUCACCAAGCGUUUUUGGUUUGUGUAUAACACGGCUUCUAAUGGGGCAGCGUCGCUGUAUUUCGGGCUAGUUGAAGAGGACAGGCAUGUCGCAACAAUGUGAAUUUAGAAACCCAUCUCUGAAUCUGUGAUAUUAUUAAGCACCUUUUAAAUGCAUGAAGACGGGCAGAUUUAAGUCAAUAAAAGUAAGCGAUUGUCGGUUGCCAUAGCGACCUCCGCUCUAUUCUAUACAAGGAAAAUCAGGCGUUGCUCUCCUGUGCCUCAGAUAGACCACACUCAGUGCCUAAACCACCUAUACAGCCAGUGCCAGAUGUGGCCGAUGUCCCUUUGGACAGUUUAAGAGCCGCUCCGUCUACGUCUGUUUGCACUGAUGUCAUGGAUCCACCUGGCUGCGCCAAAGGGCUGGUCACUUAUACCCCUCCCCCCACAUACGGUCCAAUAUGCAUGCUGUAUGUUAACGUGUUUAAUAUUACAUGUUAAGACUUGUGUUGCACUUUCUGUCUGGAAGCACUGAGCAGAUUGCAUUGUAGCUCUGAAAUCAUCUUUUAGCAACAGGCUAGGCUAACAUUUAGCUAAAAAAAUAAGUGAGGUUGUAAGGAUUGUUUGUUACUGUUGUUUUCUGUCGACAUGAAAACGGUCUGUGUUGUGUGUAAUCUUAUGAAAAUGGGUAAAGAGUGAUGACACUAAGUCUGUUUAAGGACCUAAAAACUUACAUUUUUAACAUUUGUAAAGAGUUUUUUACUUAUGUAUUUAUUUAUUAACUUAUCAAGCCUUUCUUUUAAACAUUUUCUAUUGUUUUGGUAAAAUUAAAAUAAACCGUUGAGUCUGAGUUUAACCCA